GCGGUGAGGUAGAUGAGCUGAGUGUCCACAGCUGGUUCCAAUCUUCAGGUGAAGGGGAGGGGGAGGAGAACUGACAAGCACCGUGACAACAGAUCCAUGACCGUCUGUGUUUUCCUGGUCUGAGCUGGAAUCUGGAUCAGAACUGGACGGAUGGAUAGAUCUGACAUUGAUCACCAUUUUUUUUCCACUGGGAGCACUUUGAAAACAGAUCAAAUAAGAUCACGUGCGACUUGAAGAAGAUCAAAUAAUAAACGAAAACAUACAUGAGUUUUACCUAACUUUAAUGACAAAACACAACAAAUGUAAACCAAAAAGGCAAACUUUGUAUUUUGUGUUUUUGUUUCAUCAUGAAGCAACAAAUUAACAAAAGACUCUUCAUCUUCAUCUCCUUCUGCCAUCUUCCCAUUCUGGGUGCUGCAGGAAUCUACCCAGCAACUGAAGAGUGCAAACACACCCUGGACAUUUUCAUCAGAUAAAUCCAAAUGCGAAUGUUUUGUGCUGGACCGCGCCAAAAUAGUGUUCUCUGUCCAACUAUCCCAGUAUUUUCCGCGUCGCCUUUUUAUUUCAAGAAAAGUUGACAUUUUUUUUCCAAGCAUCUUCAUUUAUUUGCCUGUUUGCUGUCUCACAGUGUGUACUUAAAUUCCAAGUUUUAUUGUGAAAAUCUGAGGUGCAAGUUCUUGUCAUUGUCGUUCCUUUGACUGUAAUCAAGUUUCUCCUCUGGAUGAGGAACUUCAGCAGAGCAGAACCAGCAGCUUCUUUACCAAACAGCAGCGCAGUCAUCUGGAGUUAUGCCUCUGCGGUUGGAGAUCAAGCGUUGGCUGACGGCUCGUUCAGAGCGCGUGAAGAGCGUUGACCUGCAUUCCACCGAGCCAUGGAUGCUGGUCAGUCUCUACAAUGGCACUGUUAUGGUCUGGAACCACGACACGCAGUUGAAGGUGAAAACCUUCGAGGUGUGCGAUCUGCCCGUCAGAGUGGCCAAGUUUGUUGCCAGGAAACACUGGAUCAUCGCCGGAGCGGACGACAUGUUUGUCCGAGUGUUCAACUACAACACCCUGGAGAAGGUGAACAUGUUCGAGGCUCACUCCGACUACAUCCGCUGCAUCUUGGUCCACCCCACACAGCCCUACAUCCUCAGCAGCAGCGAUGACAUGUUGAUCAAACUGUGGGACUGGGAGCGGAAGUGGCUGUGCAGUCAGGUUUUUGAGGGACACACUCACUACGUCAUGCAGAUUGUCAUUAAUCCCAAAGACAACAACCAGUUUGCCAGCGCCUCUCUGGACAGAACCAUUAAGGUGUGGCAGUUGGGCUCCAGGACUCCCAACUUUACUCUGGAGGGUCAUGAGAAGGGAGUGAACUGUGUUGAUUACUACAGCGGAGGAGACAAGCCGUAUCUCAUAUCAGGGGCUGAUGAUCACCUUGUCAAAAUCUGGGAUUAUCAGAAUAAAACCUGUGUUCAGACCCUGGAGGGUCACAUGCAGAACGUCACUGGUGUCAGCUUCCAUCCUGAGCUGCCUAUCAUUCUCACAGGUUCAGAGGACGGCACUGUUCGAGUUUGGCAUUCCAACACCUACAGAUUGGAAAACAGCCUUAACUAUGACAUGAACAGGGUGUGGUGCAUUUGUGGGAGACCAGGGACCAACUAUGUGGCUGUGGGCUGUGAUGAAGGCAGCAUCAUCAUUAAGCUGGGUCGAGAGGAGCCAGCCAUGUCCAUGGACUCCAGCGGGAAGGUCAUGUGGGCGCGGCACUCCGAGGUGCAGCAGGCCAGCCUGAGGACUCUGGGAGACACGGAGGUAAAAGACGGAGAGAGGCUCCCACUGGGCGUCAAAGACAUGGGCAGCUGUGAGAUUUACCCACAAACCCUCCAACACAGCCCCAACGGAAGGUUUGUUGUCGUGUCUGGAGAUGGGGAAUUCAUCAUCUACACUGCCGUGGCCUUGAGGAGUAAAAGUUUCGGCUCUGCUGAGGAGUUUGUCUGGGCUCAUGACUCCUCACAAUAUGCCACCAGGGAGGGCAACAACGUGGUGAAAAUAUUUAAGAAUUUCAAACCAAAGAAAACAUUUAAACCCAGUUUUGGAGCAGAAGAAAUCUUCGGUGGCUUCUUACUGGGAGUGAAGUCAAACAACGGCUUGGCCUUCUACGACUGGGAGAACCUCCACCUGAUCCGCCGUGUCGAGAUCCAACCAAAGCAUAUCUUCUGGUCUGAGUCCGGGAAGCUGCUGUGUAUCGCCACAGACGAGUCUUUCUUUUUGCUGCGCUUCCUGCCGGAGCAAAUCUCAGCAGCUCAGGAGUCCAAAGACAGAAUGACAGAGGAUGGGAUAGAGGAUGCCUUUGAGGUGGUGGGGGAGGUCCAGGAGGUGGUGAAGACAGGCUUAUGGGUGGGAGACUGUUUCAUCUACACCAGCUCUCUGAACCGACUUCAAUACUAUGUUGGAGCGGAGAUCAUCACCAUAGCCCACCUGGACAGGAUCAUGUAUCUGCUGGGUUACAUCCCAAAAGACAAUCGUCUCUACCUUGGUGACAAGGAGCUGAAUAUUAUCAGCUACUCCCUGCUUCUCUCUGUGCUGGAAUAUCAGACAGCUGUCAUGAGGAAGGAUUUCUGCACUGCUGACAAAGUUCUGCCCACGAUCCCCAAGGACCAGAGAACCAGAGUCGCCCGCUUCUUAGAGAAGCAGGGAUACAGGGCGCAGGCGCUGGCCGUGUCCACUGACCCAGAACACAAGUUUGAACUGGCUCUGCAGCUGGAGGACUUGAUCACAGCCCACCAACUGGCGCUGGAGGCCGAGUCACAGCAGAAGUGGAGGCAGCUGGCAGAACUCGCUACCACUAAGUGCCAACUCACCCUGGCUCAGGAGUGUCUGCACCGAGCAAGGGAUUAUGGGGGAUUAUUGCUGCUGGCAACCACCUCUGGGAACGUGGAAAUGGUGGGCAAACUGGCCGAGGGCGCGCAGAAGGAUGGGAGAACCAACGUGGCCUUCCUGUCAUACUUCAUACAGGGGAGGCUGGAGAAAUGUCUGGACCUUCUUAUUGAAACCGAUCGACUGCCAGAAGCUGCAUUCCUGGCAAGAACAUACAUACCCAGCCAGGUCUCCAGGGUGGUGAAGCUGUGGAAGGAAAGUCUGUCCAAGGUUAACAGGAAGGCAGCAGAUGCUUUAGCUGACCCUGCAGAGUACAGCAACCUGUUCCCUGAGAUCCAGCAAUCCCUGCUGGCUGAGCAGUACCUGAAGGAGACUGGAGUCAGGGUCAGACCGUCUGCAGAGUACCCACUCGUCACGCCGAACGAGGAUCGUCACGUUCUGGAAGAAUGUCGGGCUUUUAGGCCUGAAGCAGACAUUUCUAAGCCAGCAGAGUUGGAAGUGGUGAAGACAGAGGUGGAACUUCCCGUUCCAGCUGUGCUGACAGAGCUUCCACAUUCAGAAGAAACCGCGCAGGAAGAGCCUGUCACACUAGAACAGGAAUCCACAACCGCUGAACGUGGUGAGCCAGCACAUGUGCAGAGCAUCCCCUCUGACGGAGAAGCCACAAAAGAUUACACCAACACAACAUCUGAGGAAGGCUUUUCACAGCCAGAGAUGGUACAGUCCAGCCCAGUCCAAAAUGUCCAAUCAACUGCCUGCAAAUCUCUAAAUGAUAGCAACCUGACAGGUGAAGAAUUACCAAGUGAAGCAGCAGCAGCAGAGCUUACAAUUUCAGCAGAUUCUGAAGUGAGUGAAGAAAACUCCAAUUAUAAUGAUCUGGAAGCAGGGACCACCUCCUCACAAGUCUCAGCUGUGAUGGAAAAGAGUCUGAGUGAACUAGCUUUAGGACCUGAACUGUCACACACAGCAACAGAGGAGUUCCCCUCCUUCCAAACCGCCGGCAGCCAAGACAGUCCAAACGUGGAGUCUGCAGCUGAAGGAGGACUGGUGCUGCCGAAGCAGGAACAAGGCAAACAGAGCGUGGGACUAACUCUAGAACCAGAAGAGGAGCCAGAACAGCAGGUUCCUCUGGAGGUCUGCGCCAUGGAGGAACCCCCUGCAGGAAGCAAUGAAGAGGAGGGAGAGUCUGAAGAAUCAGCAGAAGACCUGGAGGGAGACGUUGCUGAUGAGGACCUAGAUGAUCUGGACAUGGAGAACUUGGACCUGACAGAUGUCUGUCUGGAGGAAGAUCUGCUGAGUGAAUAGAAGUUUAAUACUUUUCUAGGAAAAAUAGCAAUGACUUUUGGGAGGUGUUUGGUUUGAUGCAGAGUCAGAAGCUGAGAGUUGCUUCUGUUUCAUCCCAAAUAUUGACUAAAAGCUCCUUUCUGUGUGAACUUUCUAUGAGGAAAAGACUUGAAGCCAUGUUCUUCCCUUCCCCAAACCCCUUGGAUCAGUCCAAGAACCUUCAGUAUUUUCUGUUUUAAGGCAAAACAAAUCUUUUGAAGGCUUAAUGAACACUUUGUUCACAUAAAUGCCAAACCAGCCACCAUGUCCCAAAGAGUUGCAUUAAAAACAACUUCAUGCAGCUGAUGAAAGAC